CACAGUGUGAGUGUAAGUGCUGCUGCAGUGCUGACCCCCGUGUCCUUGAGAGAAAUCUUCCGGUAACAGUCAGUCACAACACCUCACCUGCAACACAGGAUAUGCUCAGCCUCUCCUCUCUGGCAGCUCACACACUCCAUCAUAUCUACAGACGACUGUCUGUAUCACACCUUCGCCCAGAUCCUCUGCGCACGCCCCUGAUUCACCAGGCUCCGCCCUCAAACCCUAAACAAGGAUGACCAUGCGAGCGGCAGGUUGCCAUAGCGAUGCGGUUAGCCAUUUAGGGGACGGUGUCCUUCGUCCUCCGGUUCCAGGAGAGGAGGACGUUAAAAGGGACGCAGUUCGGCCUGAGAGCUACGAACCAGAGGGGAGGGCGUCGCCUGACCACGCCCAUCCGAGUUGGGCGGAGUCUCUGAGCACGCUGCUGGAGGACCAGGACGGAAUCGUGCUGUUUCGGGAUUUCCUCUCGCAGGAGGGAAGCACUGACAUCAUCGACUUCUGGUUAGCAUGCAGCGGAUUUCGGUUAGCAUACUGCGCUCCUCUGAGCUGCUCGUCCACAUCAGCGGACAUCUUGGACAAGCGGAGGCUGAGACUCGCUAAAGCCAUCUACAGGAAGUACAUCACCAGUGGCGGAAUCGUAGCCAAGAAAAUUAAAGCGGCGACAAAGAGCUGGAUCCGCGAGCGCGUCCGUUGUGCACAGUUGGACUCCGCGUUGUUCGAACGGGCGAGGCAGGAAGUGCAGGACGCCAUGGAGGUGGAAACGUAUCCCGUCUUCCUCAGAUCCGACGUCUACCUCACGUACGCACAGGACGUCUCCGCCGAACAGGAGGGUCACAAAUGGGAAGGACACGGUCAGAAACAGGAAACAGGAAGUAACAAGAAGGAAGUGAUGGACUCUGAACAGGAACCAGACAGCAAACAGGAAGUAAACAGUCUUAUACAGGAACCAGGAAGUGGAACAGAGGAGCUGAAACAGAAAGAAGAAAAUGUCGAAGUGCCGAGGUUUAUUCCCGAGGUGGUAGAGAAGAGAGAGUGGGUGGAGCCUGAGAUAGUCUCAGCCAAUCACAGGGGAUCUGAGCACUGGGAGACGGGGUAUAGAAUGAAGCACAGGAUCAUACAGGGGUGUGUGAGAGUCGACACCCAUAAAACAUCCCUCUUUCACAAACUUAGUACACACCGCAGGCCACAGGACGUCCACACAGAGCCGUGUAAGUUUGCUGCUGAUCUGAUCAGCCGCCUGGAGCUCGUUCAGAGGGAGAGAGAGGACUGGAGACGAGCGGAGGAUCAUCUACACCCAGUCUGCACGGAAGUUGAUGAUGCUGUUUCCAUGGCGACCUCCUCGUGCCCCGCCCACCCUGGCUCCUCCCACUCCGUGGCCCAGUGGUGUGACGCUCACGCUCAGACUCCUGACAUCGUCCCGGAUGAACGUGAGCAGGGUGUGAGACGGACGCCCAGACGGAGAUCUCCUGUAACACACACACACUCACACACUUGGCGUCAUGGGGACACGGCGGGAGCCAAUCAGAGACAAGCUCCGGGCUACAGGGGGCAGUGUGUGUGUGUAUGUGAGAGCAUGACGGUGGCGUAUUAUUUCUGCGGAGAGCUGAUUCCCUACAGGACGACGGUCAGGGGCGGAGCCAUCACCCUGGGGCACUUCAGAGAGCUGCUCACCAGGAGGGGGGCGUACAGGUUUUUCUUUAAGAAGCCCAGUGAGGAGUUUGACUGUGGGGUUGUGUAUGAGGAGGUGUGUGAGGACAACGCAGUGUUACCCGUGUUCGAGGGCAGAAUCGUCGGGAAGGUGGAGAAGAUCUACUGACCUGCUUUAUUCCUCUGUGUGUGUGUGUGUGUGUGUGUGUGUGUGUACAGUAUAAUAGCAGGUGUUGUACAGCGUCAUGUUAUUAGACUGCAGAUCUAAUGAAGUGCCUUCAGUGCUAAUAACCGUCUGUACAGAGGAGUUUAUUACAGUUAUAGUCACGUACUGUAGUUAGCUCUGAGUGUAGCACUGGUCUAGCGCUGUGUGUGUGUGUGUGUGUGUGUGUGUGUGUGUGUGUGUGUGAUUUUUACACUGAACGUUUUUCAAAGACAAUAAAACCUGUACAUGAGUACGA